GGAGAGAAGGUCUCGCGAGAGUGAAAGCAAGUCCCGCGAGUUUUAAGAGUUACUUGUUUUUGCCUAGCGACCGACCACCGACCACAGGCGGGUCUCUCCGAGUGGAGCCCCUCAAGUGGCCUGGUCGAGGUUGGAGCGAGACCCCAGCCGCAGGCCGGGGUUCCUUCCAGACAGAGGAGACGGAUUCAGCGGGGCUCCAGACCAAGAUUGUUGAAAACCAGACAUAUGAUGAGCGUCUAGAGAUUAACGACUCUGAAGAGGUUGCAAGUAUUUAUACUGCACCCCCAAGAUACAGAGGACUUCCUCGUUCUGCCCAUCUUCCAAACAAGACUAUGGCUGACAACAGCAGCGACGAGUAUGAAGAGGAAAACAACAAGGAGAAGAAGAAGACCUUGCAGCUGACACCUCAACAAGGCUUUAGUGAAAAUGACGAUGAUGAUGAUGACUCAUCAGAAACGGAUUCAGAUGAAGAUGAUGAUGAUGAAGAGCACGGAGCCCCCCUAGAAGGGGCCUAUGAUCCUGCAGAUUAUGAGCACUUGCCAGUUUCUGCUGAGGUUAAAGAACUCUUCCAGUAUAUAAGUAGGUAUACACCUCAGUUGAUUGACCUGGACCACAAACUGAAACCUUUCAUUCCUGAUUUUAUCCCAGCUGUUGGGGAUAUUGAUGCAUUCUUAAAGGUCCCACGUCCUGAUGGGAAGCCUGACAACCUUGGCCUCUUGGUAUUAGAUGAGCCUUCUACAAAGCAGUCAGACCCUACAGUGCUCUCGCUCUGGUUAACAGAGAAUUCCAAACAGCACAACAUCACACAACACAUGAAAGUAAAGAGCCUGGAAGAUGCAGAAAAGAAUCCCAAAGCCAUUGACACAUGGAUUGAGAGCAUCUCUGAGUUACAUCGUUCUAAGCCCCCUGCAACUGUACACUAUACCAGACCCAUGCCUGAUAUUGACACGCUGAUGCAGGAAUGGUCCCCAGAGUUUGAGGAGCUUUUGGGCAAGGUGAGCCUGCCCACGGCAGAGAUCGACUGCAGCCUGGCGGCGUACAUCGACAUGAUCUGCGCCAUCCUAGACAUUCCUAUCUACAAGAGUCGGAUCCAGUCUCUCCACCUGCUCUUUUCCCUCUACUCCGAAUUCAAGAACUCGCAGCAUUUUAAAGCUCUAGCUGAAGGCAAGAAAGCGUUCACCCCUCCAUCCAAGCCCACCUCCCAAGCCGGAGACGCAGAGACAGUAACCUUCAGCUGAGGCCCCUCCCGCACUCGGUCUCAAGGCUGAGCCGCUCCUCCAGCCAGCGGAGGGACGCUGGCGUCAGCCCCCUGGCUCCUGGCCUGUCACCUGGACUCGGGCAGUGUAUGCCCUGCCACCCUCCCUGCCAGAAAGCCCUGCACACACGCUUCCUUCCUAUGGGAAGCUUGUACCUCUACCACAAGGGGGAUUUAAUUAGACAAACUGCAAUUUCUGGGACUCUAGGAUGCUCAGGUUAGAAGAGAAGUUUAAAAGAUGUUCCUACAGCAAUGGAAUUAUUCUCUUUCAUUAAGUGAGUUGGCAAAGAUUUUACAAAUAAAAUGCUUUUAUCUUUCAGGUUA